AUGGCUCGCCAGUGGGUUCUUACCAGCCAGAUAGACUUUGAGACCUCCCUGGAGUUUCAGACAAACAUUCCCAUCCCGUCAGCAGCAGACCUCCAACCACACGAUGUGCUCGUCCGGAUCCAAGCUGCCAGUCUCAACCACAGAGACAUAGCCGUCCCGACGCCAACCAACCUCGGAGGCCCCAUCAACCCGCCCCUGAUCCCAGGCUGCGACGGCGCAGGCCUCGUCGAAGCCGUCGGCCCGGCCGUCACGGAGUUCCGCCCGGGCGACCGCGUCGUCACGCACCUCGCGCCCAACCUCGCCCGCGACGCCGGCGACGACGCGCAGGCGGCCUUCGCCGACGCGGCCGGCAUGCUGGGCCAGGGCACCGACGGCACGCUGCGGUCUCACGGCGUCUUCUCCGAGUUCGCGCUCGUGCUCGCGCCCGGGACGCUCGGCUGGCUCCCCGCCGCCACGCUGACCUGCACCUGGGCCACGGCGUGGAACGCGCUGUUCUGCCUGCGGGGGCGGGCCGUCGGCCCCGACAGCUGGGUGCUCGUGCAGGGCUCGGCGGGCGUCAGCGUGGCGGCGCUGCAGCUCGCGGCCGCGGCGGGGGCGACCGUCGUCGCCACGACGUCCUCCGCGGACAAGGCCGCGCGGCUGAGGGCCCUCGGCGCCGCGCACACGGUCCGCUACCGCGGCAAUCCGUCGUGGGGCGAGGAGGCGCGCGCCCUGACGCCCGGCCGCCGCCGCGGCUUCGACUUCGUGAUCGACAUCGGCGGGGCCGAGACCCUACCGCAGUCGCUGGCGGCCGUGCGCACCGACGGCGUGGUGCUCGUCGUCGGCGGUGUCGGCGACGCCGGCGCCCGGCAGCCGCCGCUGUUCGCGGCGCUGAUGCACACGUGCAUCGUGCGCGGGGUCCUGGGCGGCAGCCGGCGGCACCUGCGGGACGCGGUGCGGUACAUUGACGAGCGCGGGAUCGAGCCGGCCGCCGACGACGUGGUGUUUGAGCUGGCCGAGGCCAAGGAUGCGUAUCGGCGGUUGGAGCAGAAGAAGCACUUCUCCAAAGUUGUGAUUCGGGUUGACCACCAGUAG